GAUCAAAAUCUAAACUCCCAAAUCAAAUCCUUCCCGGUUAUCAAAACUAAACCCUAACCCCCCUAUGGAUUAGUGAACCCAUGGGCAAAUAUUUAAAUUCUAUACCUUUCAAAUUCAAAAAAAAAAUAUUUUAAAAUCGUUUUUAAUCAUAUUUUGAUGAUUUUUUUGAAAAUAUGGAAAGCAACGUUUUUGGAUUUUUGAAAUAUUUUUAUCAAAUUGUAUAAAUCAAAUAAAAAAUAUUAACGUUUCCAUUUUAAUUUUAUGAUUUUUCGUUUGACAUAUAAAAUUAAAAGAACAAAAAGGUCCUUUUGAGAUUGUGUUAUGAGAUAUAGGGACAUGAGAGGAGAUGAUUCGUUUAAACCUAAUGUACCCAGGACUUAAUAAAUUUUUGGGAAAAUUGCCAAAAGAGAACAAGAAAUCAACAUAGUUGUCCCUAUGGUAUAAAUCCAUUUUUUUCCAUUUUUUCUCCUUUUUACCCUUUCCAUAUGUUAAAAUUAAUGUAAUAAAUAGUUAUAAGAAUCAAAAAAAUUAUUAAAAAUAUAAAAAACUAAUAAAACACCCAUUUACACAAACACAUAUUUUUUUAGGUUUGAAAAACAUAAUAAAUAAUGUUUUUAAAUUACGUUCUACUAAAAGUAGAAUUCUGUUUCUACACAAAACGGGUGAGUAGAAAAUGAAUUCUAGAAUGAACACAUCCAUCUACUUGUUUUAGAACGUAAAAACUACUUUUUACUAUAAUUCUAAAUAUGGGGAAUACGAAUUCUACUAUUUGUAAUGAUCGCUACUUUUAUUCAGAAACAUGUUUCUACUUUUAUCGAGUAUUCUAAGUUAUCAGGAAUGCAAAAUCUAAAACAUACACGAACGUCCACAUAGUGUAGAAAUUACAUUCUGGAAUUUUGUUAUGUUCUACACAGUGUAGAAGGUGCCUUCUACGGAUAAAAAAACUGAAUUUUCGAAAAUUAAGGAAGUUGCAGUUUUAAAAAUAUUCUAAAAAUAUUCUAACUUCCUAAAACGUGUUUUCAUUGAUUUGCUUCGUGAAAAAUUUAAAAAAAAAACGAUUUUGAAUGUUCUUCUUCACCAAUCUAUGAUUUCCCCAUGAUUUUUCUAUAGUUUGUCUUGUGAUUUUCACAAAAACUUGUUCUAUGAUGCAUAUCUAUACAACAUGUGGUGUUUGGGAGUUUGGAGCAACCACGGGAUGGGUUUUUUCGGCUGAUGAGAAAGGGGCUAGGCUACUGUUAUUGGAAUCAAGUUCUACCUUAGAGGUUUUUAAAAGAAUGGUUUUGGAAGAUUUUGAUAUGGAAGAAGAUAGCUUACCCGAUUUGGAGUUGAGUUAUCUACCUAAUGAGUUGAUCAAUACAUCAACUUGUCCACCUGUGAUCAUUGCGAAUGAUCGACAGCUUCAGAAUUUUGUUGGUUUUGUUCAAAAGUGUGUUUCUACUCGAUUGUGUGUAACGUCUAAAGCCAAAGUUGAGAAUCUGAAUGAACCAGACUUUGAUCUUAACAAGUCGCCAGCUGAUUCAAGUUCUGCUCAAGAGGAGGGAAACUCGGUUGAUAGGGGGAACGAACCGGCUCCUGUGUUUGUUGAGAGGCAGUGCGAGAAAAAGAAAGAAAAGAUUAGAAGAGUCGAAGUUGAUGAGGAUGCCUAUCAUGCCGAUACUAUGAUCUCGGCCAAAGAGGACAUACAUAAGAUGUCAAAGUUUUCUGUGCUCAAUGUUGUUAAGAAGGGACAAUUGUUUGAGAACAAAACUUUGCUGAAGGCGACUUUCGAGCUAUGUGCAAUGAAGCAUAACUUUCACUACGAGGUUAUCAAAACGGAUAGACAACUUUGGUACGUUAGAUGUGAGGAUAAUGCAUGCAAUUGGUGUGUUCGAGCAGAGUGUUUGAAGGAUUCUGAAUAUUUCAUUAUCAAAAAGUAUGUCGGUGAACAUACAUGCGCACCUUCAAACAAAACCAAACCGGGUAGGACUGCUUCGGCCAAAACUAUAGGCAGUCUGAUUAUGCAUAGGUAUGAAGGGGUUAAGGAAGGGCCAAAAUGCAAUGAUAUAAUACAGAUUAUGCUUAUGAAUCAUGGCUGUGAGAUCACGAAAUCUUUAGCAUGGGAUGCUCGUGAAUAUGCGGUUAAUGCUGUUAGAGGUAUACCAGAGAGAAGUUAUGGAAAAAUACCGAAAUACUUGCACAUGCUCAGAGAGGCUAAUCCGGGAACACAUUCAUCGUAUGAGAUUGACAGCAAUGGGAGAUUUCGGUACCUGUUUAUUGCAUUUGGGCAAUCGCUACGAGGAUUUAACAGAGUCAUAAGGAGGGUUAUUGUGGUUGAUGGCACUUUUCUGAAGAACAAAUACAAAGGAGUUCUAUUGGUUGCAACUGCUGUAGACGGAAAUUCUAAUUUGUAUCCUCUUGCAUUCGGAGUAGUCGACUCAGAGAAUGAAAAUUCUUGGGAAUGGUUUAUGAGACAACUAAAUAGUGUCAUUGCUGAUGAUCAUCAUUUGGCUUUCAUUUCGGACAGACAUGCGGCCAUUGCUAAGGCGCUUGAGACUGUGUAUCCAACAGCUAAACAUGGUAUUUGCAUUCAUCAUUUGUUGAAUAAUGUGGUAACAUAUUACCAUGGGAAAGGACUUGUUGGGUUGGUUGCAAAGGCGUCCAAGGUUUAUAGAGUUGCUGAGUUUGAAAAGAUAUUUGCUAAUGUGUGUAAUAUCAGUCCGGCAAUUGGAAAAUACCUAAGGGAUGCUGAAGUCCAAAAGUGGGCAAGAUGUCAAUUCUCUGGAUAUAGAUAUGACAUAAGGACAACAAACCCAGCCGAAUCCAUCAACUCUGCUUUGCGUUCGCCGAGAGAGUAUCCAAUCAUUCCCUUGUUGGACAGUAUCAGAGAAAUGCUGACUCGGUGGUUUUAUAACCGUAAGAAAAAGAUUUCAAAGCAUAAUCAUCCUCUUACCGAAGAUGUGGAGAAAAAGAUUGAAAGGAGAACCGAGAAAGGCAAAAGAUUUGCAGUUUACCCUGUCAGCGAUGGUCGCUUGCUUGUUAGAGGUGAUAAAAUCGACUGCUUAGUUGAUUUGGAUAGACGUACUUGCUCAUGUGGGAAGUACAACCUGAUGAAGAUACCUUGUCGGCACGCAAUUAAAGCUGGGUUUCAUGUUGGAAGACAGCCACACACAUUAACUGAUUUAUUUUACACUACAGAAGCUUGGCGAGAAGCUUAUCAUGAAAGCAUCAAUCCUAUUGCUGUUCCUGAGGAUGCUUGGUCCAUGCCAGAAGAUGUUGUCGUGGACAAUGUGCUACCACCAGAGUCAAGAAAAUCAGUUGGAAGGAAUAGAAAACGCAGAUAUGAAACUGUUGAAGAUAAACUUCGGUCAUCGCAAACAUCACAAAAGAGGCAGCCUCGCAAGUGUAGUAGAUGUGGUAUUAGUGGGCACAACAGAGCAACUUGUAAAAUACCAAUAUAGUCAGUCACAUAUGGUUGGUAUGUUCAAGUAUGCAAGUUGUGGUGUUUGAAAGUGCAGUGUUGCCUUGUCUCGUAUGGUUUUUUCUUCUAAAAACAAUCAACUUUGUUUAACUUUGGCUACUUUGGAUAAUUCUCAUAUGGUUAUUUUAUCAGUUUCAUUGUUAUACAUUGGUAUUAUUUUCACUUCACUUCUCUAUCUCUCUGUUUGUUUAGUUAUGUUCAGCUAUGCUUUUGAGUUCGAGUUUAAGUUUGUUUGACAAUAGCUGAUGUCUGAUUUUUCAACAAAAAAGGUGGAUUGUAAGAACAGAUCACUGAGCACAAAAUAUAAGAACCACUUGACUGGUAAAGUCGACACAAAUAUUGUAGCAACAAAACACUUAUUGAAGCCAAUACUAAGAACCAAAUGACUGGUAAAAACGAAAAAAACACACUAACAAGAAGAUACUUAGAACCAGUAGACUGAUUUCACUCAUUCUUGGCUUCUAAAUCUUCCAAAAAGCCAUAGAAUGCUUCCUAAGCAACCUAAUUCGAGUGAAUUUUUCUGCUUCCUAACUUCUUCUUCUAUUCUCUGUGUGAUACUACUUUUCAGAUCUUCAAUCUCUUCCACAAUUCUCCCUUGCUCAGCCUCUACCCUUCGAAUCUCAUCAAGCAAGGCGUCAUCAACCCACUUAAAUAAAUGAUUUUCCUUCUUUCGCUACAUAGAAACGAAAAUCAUAUUAGGAGAAGUAAAAUGGAAUGAAAAAACAUGCUGUUUAUCCUACACAAUCGAAAAUCGAAUCAGACAAAAAAGGAACAUAACUGCUCGGUAAAUGAAUCGAAAAACAAAUCAAGACUAUGAACCUGUGCCCCUAUUUCACAUCUAUAGAACCGUCGGUAAGGAUUGUCAUCAGUUCUCGAGGAGAAUAUCACAACCCCUUUCCCGCACCAGCACCUAGAUGGCACCCCGUAUGAAUGUCGCCUUGAAGUAUUCAUGUGUGUGAGAAACUGAUUCAGAGAGAAAAAGGAGAUUGACAGAAAAGAAGAUCUGAAAAAAAUGGGAAAAUUCGGGUUUGGUUGCUGAGUUGGUGUUAUAUAUGUCGGGUUUUAGGUUUAUUGUGGAUCUAGUUGUGGUCGGGUUUGAUUGUUGGGUUGGAUCAAAAGUCUGGUUUGCAAGAAGCCAAGUUAAGUGUAUUACAUUUGAUUCGAUUUAUUUACUCCUACGGGAUGAUCUAGUAAAACAGUUAUUCUAAAUGUUCUUGUGGUCUUGUUCCGGGUUUUUGUUUCGUUUAGGGUAUGUUUAGGGUUUAGGUUAGGUUUGACUGUGGUCUUGUUCCGGGUUUUUGUUUCGUUUAGGGUAUGUUUAGGAGUUUAGGUUAGGUUUGACUGUGGUCUUGUUCUGGGUUUUGUGUUUCGUUUAGGGUAUGUUUAGGGUUUAGCUUAAGGUUCUAAUUUAAAACAGUGUUAAAUUCUAGCAUUCUUCAGCUAAAAACUCUUAAUAACAAAACCAUAAGAUGUACAUUUGAUUACAAGAGUCAAUCCUAAAAAUCAUAAUUAAACACUA